CUGGAGACUUCAAUGCCCCAUCUCUUAACUUGAUGACGGGAUGUGCCCAGGACAGAUUUGAUCGAAAUCUGCUGCAUACCAUCACGGAGGCCGGAUUCACCGAAAAUGUCAGAAUGGAUACUAGAUGGGGCCCAGAUGGGAAGUCUUCUAGACUGGAUUACGUGCUCACUAGUGACCAGCUACUAGUGGAAAACGUUCAGAUCACGACUCCCAUAGGUAGUAGUGACCAUGCGGUCAUAACAUUCGACAUAGUCCUCCGCGAGCGUUUACAGUGGGACAAUACACAGCCCUAUCUGUGUUAUAACAAAGCCAAUUACACCGAAAUGCGAAGACUUUUGUCUGAAGCAAAUUGGCCAAAAAAUUGGACAGAGCUUACAGUAGAAGAACACUGGAGAGUGGUAAAGGAGAUCAUUCACCAGGCGAUCUCAGACACUGUUCCUUUGGUCACACCUAAAGCUAGAAAGCAACGUUCAUGGCUAAAAAGGGGGACACAACGCCUUCUACAGGCGAAGCGAAAAGCCUGGUUUGCGUGGCGAGUAUCGCAGAGUCAACCCGAACAUGAAGAGUACCUCGAACUCAGGAAUCGGUGUAACAUACGAGUCCGGAGUGAUAGAAGGACAUUUCAGAGAAACCUCGCCAAUAAGCUUCUCGUGAACCCCAAAAGCCUAUACAGGUUUAUGUCUGAAAGAAAACCGACCAACCAGGGAGCUUGCAAUAUAGUGGGUUCUGAUGGGAAAUCUCUUACUAGUCUUGAAAUGGCAGAGACAUUCAGUCUAGCCUUUCACAGGCAACUGAACAGUAACGAGGAUUUUACCCUCACAAAACAUCAAGAUUACAAUGCAAGACCAACGUGCGAAAACCUGCUGGGUACAUUUCAAAUUACCCCGGCUAUGGUACUCAUAAAAUUGGGAAAGUUGGCUUCGGGAAAGUCUGCAGGUUGCGACGACAUAAGACCAUCCGUCCUGAAGCAGUGUUCAGAAAGUCUCUGCCAACCCCUAAGUGAUCUGUUUCAACACUCCUUUGAUGUAGGGAAACUUCCAUGUGAAUGGAAACGAGCCAUCCUAUCCCCUAUCUUCAAGGGUGGUGACCGGCAG